GGUUUACAUGUCCGGUGUAAGCACUAAUUUGAUUCCCCGCUUCUUUGUCCUACCCUCUACUUUCGAUUUCCAUACCAAAACCCUUCGUUCUACUCUAUUCCAAAACCUCACGCCACGCAAUUUCGACUCCUUGUUUAAUUAUCGCUACAAUCUUCGUUAAUUUCCUCGUUAAUGCUUGCAAUUGCUGUUUAACCAGCAAUCAACUAUGAUUUCUGUUGUUUCGCUGUUGAGAGCAGCGUGGAUUGCAGGGACUCUGCCGAUUGUGAUCGCUUCUAUUCCCUCACCCAAGCUCAAUGCGUUUCACGAGUUAAUUAUUGGGUUCGCUAGGCGAGGAAAAAUUAUGCAGUCUUCUUCGAAAAAAUUCAGUCUUCCCCAGAGGUUCUUUUGUCACUUUUACAUACUGGCAGUUGUAUGGACGACGUUUCUGCUUGUAGCCACAUCGCUUUAUGCACACAGAACAGCUCCCACAGUUUCUGAGCCAGUUCUGUAUUCGAGCAUAGCUAGCCACUUGACUGGAGUUUCCCAUGAGCUUUCCUUGCAUAAAUCUCGUUCAUCAUUGAGAGACAAUAAUUACAAGAUCUGGAAAUCUGUGUUUCUGCUUUUAUUGAUGGAAACUCAAGUACUGGGACGGCUUUAUGAGAGUGUAUAUGUCUUCAAGUAUAGCCCUGCAGCUCGAAUGCAUAUUUUUGGCUAUCUCACGGGCCUGUUUUUUUAUACAGCAGCUCCACUAUCCCUUUGCUGCACGUAUGCCUCAGAGGUGUUCAGAUUUGUGGCAAAAUUAUUUGCAGAGUUUGUUGUUAAAGGGAAGGAGAGAAUGCAAGUCACAGAAUUUGAUUUCUGGGGUCAUGUCAAUCUUCUUAUGCAUCUCAAAUGGUAUGUGUGGUUUGGUGCAGCUCUUUUUUCCUGGGGUUGGACUCAUCAACGCCGUUGCCAUGCUAUUCUUGGCUCGUUAAGAGAGAAUGAUGCAAAAGUUGAUGAUUAUGCAAUUCCUCAUGGUGACUGGUUCGAAUAUGUUUCAUCUCCACAUUAUCUUGCAGAGAUUGUCAUGUACGGAGGACUUGUGGUCGCUAGUGGAUUUUCUGAUAUAACAAUUUGGUUACUCUUUGGAUUUGUGGUGGCAAAUCUUGUCUUUGCGGCAGCUGAAACUCAAAGAUGGUACAAUUGUAAAUUUGACAACUAUCCUAGAAACCGCUAUGCUAUUGUCCCUUUUGUUUACUAGUGCAGAUAAUAGAAUUAUAUAUCCAACUCGUUUGCAUGUAUCCUAAAAAUUGUAAAGCACUUGUAUAUUCGAGUUCAAAUGGGAAUUCUCUUAGUUACAGAAAAAGAAAAAAGGUGAUAUCCUGAUGCUGGUAUAUUAUGGGGGGCAUUUUACUCACAGAAAUGAGGCUAGAAAACUGAUAGUCAAUGGAUGCUGUAGACACGAAAUUUGCUACAUGGUAAGCUUUUACUCCAGUUAUUUAAUCUGUUGUGGUGAAAGUCCCAUCAUACAGAUUGAAUAAAUGGAUUCAAGCAUUUUAGUUUCCUAUCGGAAGAUUUGAUCAAAUACCUGGCACACAAUGUGAAAGAUCAAAUUAAAUUCAAUUUUCCUUCUUGGAGUGAAUCACAAUCGAUGAAUGUAAUCAUCUAGUGUAUCCAUAGGUUCGGAUACUUUAAGCAACAAACUUUCCACCGAUGCAAGAUUGAGAAACAAUCUGCCUCUCCCAUCCUUUAUCCCUCCAAGACAAGAGCAUAUUAGCCUUUGCAGAUUCGAUGCACAAGCAACUUAUGCAUACAAGUCUAUGCCCCAAAACUUGGCAGGUUGAUUGGUCCGGUAUUUGCGGUCAAUAGUUCUGAUAAAAUCCAUGUCUUCUUUAGUAAGCUCGAAAUCAAAUGCCAGAAAGCUCUCAACUUUUGGUGACU